UUUUUUUUUCGUACUUUCGAGUUACAUUGGUGUCUAAAAUGGAGUCGCAUCUGUUACUACGUGAACAUCCAAGAGCACUUGCACUUCGACCCACAGUAUUGGAAGAAGCACCUUCUGGUGUUUUAGUUUUAGAACAGCAUAAACUCAACCUUCCGACUUCAACCACCAAAGCAAUGGCUACGUUAGUAUCACCUUCCGACUUUGAAGAUUCUCAGUGGCGUAUACUCAACUCAAGACCUGUCUUUGGUUGUCUAGGUCUUAUUGAUAUACUUGGAGAAAGUUUUGUCGCCAUUGUCACUGACUGUAUUUCACUUGGACGUAUUCGAGCUGGUGAAGAAGUUUAUAAAAUUCAAUCGGUUACCUUUUACUCUUUGACUUCCUCCAAAUAUGAUAAUAUUAAUCUGAUGACGGACGACUGGGACUCGGAUGACUGGUUGGACCAACCAACGAUUAAUAAUAACGGUGGCAAUGACAAUGGUGUAUUUCAACAUCCUUGUGCUCAACUACAAAAGUUACUUUCUAUAGGCAACUUUUAUUUUACACCUGAUUUCGAUUUGACCAAGACUGUACAAAAAAGAACAUCAUCUGCGUCUACUAUGGGAGCUCAUUCAUUUGAUGAUCACUUUUUAUGGAACAAGUUUUUGAUAUCUGGAUUAUUGGAAUUUCGAAACAAGCUGGACAAAAAGAAACAGAUGGAUUUGGACCGUGGAGGCUUUUUGGUAUUUGCUAUCCGUGGUUAUGUUGGUAUCGAAACUAUUAUAGAUGGCAACGAAAAAUAUGAACUUUCAACAGUAUCCAAACUUAGUUGUAAACGUGCAGGAACUCGAUUCAAUUCUCGAGGUAUCGAUGAUAAUGGACAUGUUGCUAAUUUUGUAGAGACUGAAACAGUAUUAUGUUCUGAUCGAACUUGUUAUUCUUUCACACAAAUCCGGGGUAGCGUACCAGUGUUUUGGGAACAACAAGGAAUGCAACUCGUCAAUCAUAAAAUUCAAAUAGCACGUGGGCCAGACGCAACUCAGCCAGCAGUCAAACGACAUUUCGAUGAACUUACUCAGCGGUAUCAGAAUGUAUCUUGUCUCAACUUGCUGUCUCAGGAAAAGGAAAAGAACAGUGGAGAAGCUCUACUUAGUAAAGCUUAUAAUGCAGCAGUCAAACAACUCGGACAACCUUCACAAUCGGCACCAGUCAAUAUUAUCAAUUUUGACCUUCAUGCAGAAUGUCGCGGUGGGAAUUAUGAAAAUUUGGGACUUUUAAUGAAUAUUAUUCAACGAUCAGCAGAUACAUUUGGUUAUUUUUUGAUGGAUUCGGAUGACAAUCAAAUCAUUACUUGUCAACAAGGCGUUUUCAGGACUAAUUGUAUGGAUUGUUUGGAUCGCACCAAUCUGGUACAAAAUGAAGUUUCAAGAAAGGUAUUAUUGGGCUAUUUGAACAAUAAAAGAAAGGAUCAAGGAACGAUCGAUCGCUUUAUUACUGCACAUGCAAAUCUUUGGGCUGAAAAUGGUGAUGGGCUCUCAAAAAUCUAUGCUGGUACUGGUGCUCUUAAAUCUGCUUUUACUCGGACUGGCAAAGUGACUCUGAUGAAUGUACUUAGUGAUGCGGCUCGUUCUGCAAAUCGGUUUUAUAUCAAUAAUUUUCAAGACAAGGCUAGACAAGAAAUCAUUGAUCAAUUAUUGGGUAAAUUGGCUGGACAACGAGAAAUAUUGAUUCAUGACCCCAUCAGUGAUUCAGUAUCACAACUGAUGCAAACAAGACUCAAGGAAUAUUCUACCGUCCAAAAGAUCACCAUUUUUUGUGGCACUUACAACUUGAAUGGCAAAUCAUUCAAAGGGGAAAGUCUGGAUCCAUGGCUUUUACAGCAUUUGCGAUGGAACCAAAAUAGUGAACCAGAUAUCUAUGUCAUUGGUUUUCAAGAAAUUGUUGAACUUUCUCCUCAACAAGUAAUGGCAACUGAUGCUGAAAAAAGGACUGUAUGGGAGCAACAAAUUGAACGAACAUUGAACUCAAAACAAGGGGAUGGUAAAUCAAGAUAUGUGCUUCUUCGAUCCAAUCAAUUAGUCGGUGCUGCAUUGAUCAUUUUUGUCAAGGCAUCUGUUGUGGAAAAUAUCAGAAAUGUUGAAACAUCUACGAAAAAAACUGGACUCAUGGGAAUGGCUGGAAACAAGGGUGCAGUGGCCAUCAGAAUGGAAUAUGGUGAUACAAGCUUUUGUUUCCUUGCCGCUCAUUUCGCUUCUGGCCAAUCAAAUGUCGAUGAUCGAAACGCUGAUUUUCAUACCAUCAAUCAAGGAUUACAAUUCCAAAGAGGACGAUCUAUUGAUAGCCAUAGCAACAUUGUUUGGGUCAGUGAUUUUAAUUACCGUGUUUCUUUGCUCAAUGAAGAAGCUCGUGCUCUUGCAAAUGCUGGUAAUAUUGAAGGGUUAUUAAGAAAUGAUCAGCUUAUCCGGGAAAUGAAUCAAGGUAACGUCUUCCAAGGCUAUCAAGAAGGACAAAUUACAUUUAUGCCGACAUACAAAUACGACAAUGGGACUGAUGUAUAUGAUACAAGUGAAAAGCAGCGUGUACCAGGUUGGACAGAUCGAAUAGUAUUCAAAGGGAAACAACUGAAACAAGUACAAUAUGAUAGAGCAGAUUUAUAUACAUCUGAUCAUCGACCUGUACUGGCUCUAUUUGAAACCGAGAUCCUGAUUUUAGAUCAAGCUGCCAAAACACGAUUACAAAAUCAAUUAUACAAGAAAAGUUUAGAAACUACUGGAUCCGAUCAUUUGGUGAGUCCUUCUACUAUACCUCCAAAUCUACCAAAAAGAAAACCUAUUACACCAGCUCGUCCGUCUACAACUCCUACGCCGCCACCAUCAUUUACUCCAAAACCUGUUAUGCCUUUGAUUGAUCUUUCAGAAGAUGAUGUAUCAUUCUUCAUGAAUUUACCUCCUCCAAGUACUGAUAACAAUCGAUGGUGGGAUGAUGGCAAUGAACAACCCAAGGCAGAUAAGAAAAGAACAGCACAAGGUAGAAAUCCAUUCUCUAUACAAGAUACCAAGAAUUCAUCAUCAUCACUAUUACCAUCUGCUCUUACAAACAAUGGUUUGAACGUAGCUUGGACUCCUUCUGUAUUAUCACCUUCAUCACCAACAAAUAAUAGUCAAUCUUUUCCUAUCAAAUAUCAAAAUUAGAACAGUAGCUCAUCUAUUUUUGUAUUUUAUCUUUUUGAACAAUAAAAAAAAAAAAAUGAUCCAUU